AUGUGGCUGUCUGGGGGAGUGGACCGGUCAAGAUGGUUCAAGUUCAAAUUCCGGCCCAAGCAGGUGCUGGAGGCGGCAGUCCGAGAUGACGGAGGACGCAGCCAAGGGACUAUCAUCCUGGAGGUGAUCAAGCACGAGAGCACCGAUACCAAGGGGCAUUGGAUCCUUGCAUCCUAUGUGACUGCCUCAGACCAGCAUCUGCGUUGGUGGAUGACAGAGGGUGAAGGCCAGCGCUUAGCAAAGAAAGGUCACUUUCACCUUUGCGAGGAGAACUCCAUGGACUGUGACGUGACGCGCCGGGGGCAGUUCAUGCACCUUGAGAAGUUCCGGGAGCUGACUCAGAAGGAGAUAGAUCAGAAGGUCCCUGGGUGGGCUUUCACUGGACCUUGCAAGAAGUCCGUCCUGGACUACCUCAAGAAAGCAGACUUGGGACCCGCCCCUGGCGGUGAGAAAGGACUGUUGCCCUGGCAUGAGUCAGGUGAGGAAGAGGAUGACUGCACCAGGUCACGCACUCGCUCGUUGUCUCCUGGCCUGAAAGCAAAGUUGAAGAAGGCACAGGAGGACCUCAAGACUUUGGAAGAGGCUGCUAAGAAGCAGCGCGCGAAGGACAAGGGCACGGUGAAGCCGGUAGCUGAGGGGAAGCCUAAGAAGAAGGACAAACCCAAGCCUCGACGGAGGAAGUCGCGCUCACCCGCUUCAGGCGGAGAUGAAAGAGGUCGGAGAGAUGAUCGCAAGAGAAGGAGGAGGAGUGCGUCAAGGCACCGUGAGGAGAAAAAGAAGAAGAGAAAGAAGAAGGGUGAGGACCGUUCCUCCUCCAAGUCCAAAGAGGAUGAGUCGUCUGAGGAUUCCAAGGAGGAGCGGCUCUUUGGAGAAGAUGUCACGGCCAUGAAGCCUGAACGUGAGAAGGGCGCUAAGAAGGACCGAGGACCCUUUGGAGGUGGAGAAGCCCUUCGGUUUCCAACUCAGUCGGACUCUGAUAGUGAGUCUUUUCAAGACGCCCCUGCCGAUCGAAAGGCCAGCGGCCAAUUGAAGUUGGCCAGCUACGCACGGAAGAAGCCGGGCAGGCUCGCGGCUCGCAUGCUCCACAAGAUGGUGCAGGAGUCUGCCCACGGGUCGGUGGGGGCGGCCAUCAACGAGAACGAGGUGAGUCCUACUCCUCCUGCUGCAGUACAUUACCUGCUGACGGUGAUGAUCCCGCAGUUGGGGGGCAAGGCAAACCUUCGAACGCAAAGAGAGCUGAGGACAAUCUGCACGGCGAUCGACAUGCUGGCGCAGAUGAAACCCGCACAGGCGGCAGACCUUCUGGCGCAAAGAGUCAAGGCGCUUCAGAAGGCCUCGGUGGACGGUCACUGGGGCUCCGCACAAUUCCUAGAGUUGCUCAGUCCGGAAUCAGCGACCCUUCUGGACAGGGCGGAGGAGGUCUACACCUCGAACCAGUAUCUACUGGAUCAAAAGCUGAAGAGCUACGACCGCCAACCCAAGGCCCCACGCCUAGACGGGCGCAGGAAUCAAGACAAAGGAGGAAAGAAAGGUCGCGAGAAAGGAAAAGGAAAAGGAAAAGAGCCCGACAAGAAGGACAUGACCCUUUGGACCGCCAUAUGGCGUGAGUGUGCAAGCUCUGAGAUGAGACCAGUGGAGGUCUUGGCAAGACUGUGGCGUCAGCUCCCCAAGUUGCCGUGCAGAAUGGGACCCCUCGCACGUUUUUCACACCAUGAAGGAGCGCCUCCCGGGGCAGAGCCUCGAUCUCAGCAGCGAGGGGAUGAUCUGUUUCCCAUCUGCACUAGAGCUGUGGCCACUUUCCUCUUGGAGAAGAAUGGUACAAUAGCCGAUUCGGUGAAUGGGAUGAUCAACACCCCGAACUACCUGGCACUCUAUGCAGGGGGUGCUUCCUUUCCUGACCGCUUUGAAGAAAGGGAACUCACUCAGUCGCAAAGGGCUUGUGUGAUGCAUCUAGUGGACCUUGUGGAGCACUUGGACCAGAGUGAUGCCCUGGCCGGGGCAAGGUUUGAUUACGCAGGGGACCCUGUUGUUCCUCUGGAGGAUCUUGUGGCCGAGCGAGUCAUUGCUGCAUGGCCGCAAGUGGGGGAGGCUGCGAUUCAGGACGCGGUUGACCUUGUGCCGGACCACAUCAAGAAGAGCCUUUUGAACCCCACUAGCUGUCUCAAGCAGCUACAUGAGUGGCCUUCCAAGCCGGCAGUGUCCAAAGUCAGGGCAAGUGCGGAAGAGUGGGAGAAGAUAGUUGCAGCCGGCCACGCACGAGGCUUGAUGGUGAUGGUUGAGCCUGAUGAGGUGUUUAAGGACGCCAACGGUCACCCAGUCCUCAACGGGGCUGGAGGAGUGAAGAAACUGAAGACGGUGGGGGGAGAGACCAAGGUUCUCCAGCGUUUUAUCUCAAACCUGAUCCCCUCCAACAUGUUCCAGGAGCACAUCGAGGGCGACGACCGCCUUCUCCCUUAUUUGGGUCAGUUGACCUUGUUGGAGCAGGACGAGUCAGAGAUUUGGUAUGUGGACUCGGAAGACUUCACUUCAUGCUUCAAUUUGUUUCGGUUGCUGCCGUGUUGGAACCGGUUUAUGGCCUUUGGGAAGUUAGUCGAUGCCAAGGUCUUCGGUGGGCCCCCAGGAAAGAUGGUUUCCCCCGCCAUGAAUGUUCUCCCCAUGGGGUGGCUGAGUUCGGUAUCGGUCAUUCAGGCCAUCGUGAGAACUCUGGUUUUCUCUGAGGCUGGCGUGCCGGUUUCGUCCGAGAUCGCAAAGACCAAGCCGAUCCCCGAGGACGAUGACCUCACGGUGAUCUAUUUGGAUUCCUUCGACCAGUUGAGGAGGCUGGACAAAGGAUGUGCAGGCGUCUUGAAGGAGGGCAGCUCUCGAAGGCAUCAAGCCUUCCUGAAGGUGUGUCAAGAAACAGGCCUGCCGCUCAACAAGGCCAAGCGCUUGGUAUCAUCCACGCAGGGCACCCUCCAAGGAGGUGAGCUUGAUGGCGAGCGUGGUCGCUACGGCUUGGCCCGUGAGAAGAUGGCCGGGCUGGUAGGGCUUGGCAGUGCCCUCUUGGGUCAACAGCAGUGGGGAGAGUUCCUAUUGCGGCACUUCGUCGGCAAAGCAACCUUUGGGAUGUGCUUUAGGCGUCCUCUCUUCUCUGUCUUCCAGGAGGUGUUCCACGAGAUUCAGGAACUGUCGGGGGGCUCCACAUCUGAGCGUCCCCCUGCCGAGGUGAUUCAAGAGAUAGCGAUGGUCAUGUCCCUGGUGCCCUGCAUGGUGACCAACUUGAAGGCACCGAUUGAUGGAGAGAUUGCGGUGACUGAUGCGUCGCCAACCGGUGGCGGAGCAGCGGUAGCUACUGAGUUCCGGCGGCCGCCUCAGACCUUGGAUGUGACGGGGGACCGCUGUUAUGAGUGCGGAAAACGCCUGGGCCAGGAGGACCGUUACCCCUGCCCCACAGACUGUGGCGGGGCGUUCUGCUCUUUGGCCUGUGUCAUGGAACACCGGGACGUGGAUCAUGAGGCCCAUCGUGAGUGCCCGCGGCGAACUUGGCGCCCUCCACGGUUUGGUGAGAGAUUCGCGGGCAGAAGAGCUCCGUUGUCCCAUGCGGUAGCUAGCCCUAUGAUCUCCACUUCGGCCACAACAUGUUCACAGAUGAAGGCCGAUGAGUUCUUGGAGGCGGAGCAUUGGGCGCCGGAGUGUCGGCUGUUCUCCAAAGCCAGGGGGAAGCCGAUUGUGCUGCCCAGCGGACGGGCAGUAGCCGGGCCACAACCAGUCCGAGACCACCGGCACUUGAUGGGUUUCCCCUGGCUGAGCACGGAGUUGAAAGCCCGGGUGCGGCAGUCAAACAACAUGGUUCUGAAAGCCAUCAAGAGGGGCCAUUCAGCAAAGGGGAAGCGGUACUGGACCAUGGAGCACCCCUAUGGCUCGUGGGUCUGGGAGUUUCAGUUGGCCAAGGCUCUCGAAGAGGAUCCGGCCUUCUCACAUUCAGUGGGGUCUUCCUGCUGCUUUGGAGGGUCUCGCAAAAAGUGGUUUUCCUUUUUGGGAAACAUCGAGACCUUGCCCGGGUUCCUCAACAAGGAUUGUCCGGGCCAUGUCGGUCUGCAGCCUUACGGGGUGGAAGAGCGAGCUGACGGAACCCUCCGGUUCGACACUGAGGAGGAGGCGGAGUACCCUUGGCAACUCUGCAAGGCUUACGCGCGGGCCCUGAGAAGGCAGAUUGAUCUGGAUGGGACCUUUGAGCACAUGGUCCUCCGAGAGCGGGAACGGUACUACCAGCAGGAGCUUUCUCAGGCCACUGUCCGCCUGGCAACGGAGGUGGUGGCGGACGCUGUGGCGGCCCUUUUGGCACGCCUGGAGCUAUCAAUGGUGGCUGGGCAAGAAAGAACCCAUCUGCGGUCAUUGCUGCGUUCAGCAUCUUACCGGGGCUCUGACGUGCGCCUCGUGUUGGAGCUGGGGGAGGAAUCUGACCCUCAAUUGCAUGAGGUGCCGUACUUAGCAAUGAGAUGGCACUGGAAGACCAUUUUGGCCUUUCCUUGGAAGCAGCCCGCUCACAUCAACGAAUUGGAGCUGGGCACUGUGGCGGUGUUUUUGAAACGGCGGGCACGAACAAGCGACAAGCAUCGUUCCAAGUUUUUCCUGGUGGUGGACUCCAUGGUCACUCGUGGAUGCUUGUCAAAAGGUCGCAGCAGCUCACGGCGCUUGAACCAGGUGCUUCGGCGGUGUACAGCCCACCUACUGGGCACUGAUGGCUACCUCUUUCCUUUGUGGACCAUCAGGCUGCACCCCCGCACCCUUCGAGCCUAUCGAGCUGCCAUAGACCGUUUCCUGAAGUUUGUCAACAAAAAGCAUUUGAAGAUUUCCAAGCCCCGCCAAUUGGACCGCCAAAUCGCCGAAUUCAUUGAUGUUUCAUUUCAAGAAGGAGAGAACUGGCAACGAUGCUACGUGCCACAGAGGGCGUUGCCGGCAUCCUGGGCACUGGUUGAAGCCCUCAUGGGCGUCGCUUUCCAACGCGGGGAAUCCAACCUGGGCCUGCUCUUGGGCUUGGGCUUCUGUUGCCUUUUGCGGACCUCCGAGGAGCGCAUGCCUUCCGCGCUUGGUUUUCCCGCCUUCUGGAAGAUGCUGGAUUUGGCCCCAGUCAACGUUUCUGCUCUCAAGUGCGGCUACGCCAGAAAAGAAGCAGGUCUGGAACAGUGUGCGCUCCUGAAAAAGAGUGCGGAGAUCCUUGGGAGACAUUGCAAUGAGUGGGGCCGUAAUGGAGCUCUUGAGCCGCAGUGGCAUACCUUCUUGAAGGUUUUGCCCGAUCUCACACCCAUCACCAACCUAGGUGGUGACCCAAUACAAAUCGCCACACUCUUCGUCAAAGCCUUGGUCGAGGAAAAUCUCGGACAGGGUUACAAGGAGGUGCACUUUGCCAUCCCACAAUUCUCAGCGGAAGACCGGAAUCAUGAGGAGUUUCGAAAGAUUUUAGGAGCAUAUUUUCGCGACCUCAAAGACUAUGGUCAGCUCUUGCCUGGCUGGAUCCGCAGCCAUUCGCGGUCAUUGAAAGCAGGAUUGCACGACCCCCCUUUUACAGCAUUUCCACCCAGCUCCAAGACCAAGACCUGUGCAUCUCCCACAGAUGAAAAAGAAAGUCGGGUUGCAACAGCCGAAGCGAAUGCACACCUGAUACACCUGAAUGUGUGGGCAGUGCCCAAUAGUAGCUUCCUGCCUUUCCAACGCAACAUGGUGAAAGGCUAUAACGAUGGCAAGGAGCAGUUGGCAGUGCCUGGGGCCAAUGGCCUGUUGGACUUGCAUAAGAGCAGCAGAGAAGAGUUGCAGUUGGCGCGAAUCUAUACCAGGCACAGAACUGAUGUGAUGCUCUCCCAAGGCUACAACAGCGAGGAGGAUGACUCCGAUGGAGAUGAAGCCGAUGGUCGUUUGUACACUGAAAGGCAGUACCACGACAAUGGGAACCCAAAGUACUUCAGGACGUUCCAACGACUACCUGCAACACACACCCAGCGAUCUUGUGAGCGGGUCAUCGAAGAAAAGCACUUUGAUGUGGGGGGUGUGUGUCGGCUUGAUGUGCACUUCGCACUGGGUCAGCCCUUCCUGAGCCGGAAGCACUUCUAUGAGAAUCAGCGUCUCAAAUCGGAGAAGCUGUUUUUUGUUGAGGAUGAGCGCACCAUGCAAGCACGCAAGGCGGGUCAUUGGCGUGAGUACUUCGAGGGUGGACAGAUCAAGUCCGAGAUACAGUACGACGAGCACGGCAUGAGAAGUGGAUUUUGUAAGAGGUAUUCCGAAGAUGGUGCUCAGCAAUGGGUGAAGGAUUACACCAAGGAGUAUGGUGAACGGAUCGCUGAGUUCAAUGCCAAGCGGGGGCCAGCUGCUUAG